GAGCUACAGUCUGAAGAAGGGACAGCUGGAGAGGGACUACGCACAGGCUCUGCAGAAGUUAGCAAGCCAGUACCUCAAGAGAGACUGGCCUGGAAUCAACCCUGAUGACCAGAGAACAGACUACAGAAAUGUGUAUGCAGUGUGGAGGUCCUACUUAGAAGGUACAGUGCAGGUGAGCCAGUCCAGGCUCAACGUGUGCGACAACUACAAAAGUCAAGUAUCAGAGCCGUCCAAGACGGUUCGACUCUACAAGGAACAGCAACUGAAAAAGACCAUAGAUCAGUUGAGCGGUAUUCAAACAGAGCUGCAGGAGUCGGUGAAAGAGUUGGCCAAAGCCAAGAAAAAAUACUACGACUGUGAGCAGGUCGCCCACGCUGUACGAGAGAAGGCAGACAUAGAGGCCAAGUCUAAAUUAGGACUUUUCCAAUCAAGAAUUAGUUUACAGAAAGCAAGUGUAAAGUUGAAAGCCAAGAGAAGUGACUGUAACUCAAAGGCAACACAGGCCAGGAACGACUACCUACUAACGCUAGCUGCUGCCAAUGCUCACCACGACCGGUACUACCACACAGAUCUACUGCACUGCAUACAG